CGGUACAUAGCGACCAACUUGUUAAGAAAAGCCACGGCAAUUAUUUACUCAGUCUUAAAAGUCAAGUUCAUUCAAAGUGCCGGGGUCUUGUUUUUUCCAGGUUACCGUGUACUUGCCUAAACUAUAAGAUUUUACCAAACCGAGAUUAUGACUGUUUUUAGCUAGCUUUUUGCAGGUCUCCAUGCAGAUGAUUUAGGAAACAGGUGGCAGGAACUUUUUGGAGCAAUGCGUGCAGCUUGCACACAGCCAAGGAAAAGCUCAACGUUGUCGGAAACGCUUAGUCACACUUCUCACCUGUUUUCUUACUCAGGUGAAAAAGAGCUCAAAGUAGCCAAUCAGAGUCCUGAAACAGAGCUAAACAUUAUUAAAGAACUACUAAACGAGUUCAGAGGGCUUCACGAGCUGAGGUUAAGAUGCUUGGAGGAGGACACCACUAGAAGGGGAGAACUCCCACAGAAGAAAGUGGACUUCCUGCAGUCUUACGUGAAUGACCUCACAGACCACAUCCAGGUGCUUGUUCAGACCAUUGAGGAUUUGCAAAGGGGAGCUGGACAGAACCAUGAUCGUGUUUUGGCUGUGUCUGGGGUUGGGUUGAAGCCUUUGUUGCUGGAUGAGGUCACUGGACCUGUGGCUCACAUCCCUCGCAGCAGUGGUUCCGUGGACCAGAUGACGUCUGAGACGGAGGAUGUGAAAAUCCAGCUGCAAACCAAUGACACGAUCAUCUCGGAUCUGGAGAGGGAGCUCGCAGAGAAUAUACAACAAAAGCAAAAGACUGCGACGCAGGUGCUGGAAAGCAGUGAGAGGCUGGUGCACCUGCAGAGCGAGCUGUCUUGUCUGCGGCGGAUCCACGAAGACAACAUGAAGGAGAUUGCUGAGAAAGACAUCUGCAUCACCAAACUGCAAGCUAACAUUCAGCUCCUGCAACAGGAGGGGGCUGACACGCGUGCUCAGUUGGAGGCCAGCAGGAAGCAGGUGGAACGUCAGAGGAGGGAGUUAUCAGAGCUUCACCAGAAGGAGGAGACACUUUUGUGUGAGACCAAGGCCAAAAUGGUGCAUUUGAAAGACAAGCUCCGUGACGGUUUCAAGAGAAGGGCGGAGGAGAAAGAGGCGAGGAUUAAGCAACUAACUGACGAGCUGAAUGGAACGAGGCAAAAGUUACAAAUAAGUGAGGGUAUGUUAAGUGAUAUCACGGCUGCCCUGGAUCAGACCACCGCCAACCUGAAUGCACACAGACAGCAGAUCUUAGGCCAGCUGCAUCACACAAACAAAGAGGUUGAACGUCUACAGCUGGAAUUAGCUCUCGAGCGUCGCACCGGUGAAAAGAAGAUACAGAAGAGGGAGGUUAAGAUGUGUACACUGAUGAAGGAGCUCACAGAAAGUAAGGGACAACACUCAGAGUGUCAAAAAGAGUUGCUUCGAAAAGACAGGUCUUUGGAGAAGCUCCGUGAGGAGAGGGAUGAGCUGAGAGUCCUGAUGGAGGACCGAAGCAGAGAGUGCGCCCACCUCGACCGGAGCAAAGCCAAACUGGAGGCUGACUUGGCUCUGAGCCACGAGAAACUCCACACCUCACACCUUGAGGUUCGAAGUAGAGAUGAGUUAAUUCUGCAGCUCAGAGCCGAAAUGAAGACAGCUGAACAGAAGCAUCGAGGAACACAGAAGCAGGUGACAGCUCUGGAGGAAGAGGUAAGACACUUAAACUGCACGAUCAGAGCGCACAAGGAAGAGGCCUGUCAGUUAAGCGAAAAGGUCAGCGAUAUCGAGCACCUUAAAGAGCAGAAGGAGAAAGAACAACAGCAGCUACAAGAGCGGCUCCGUAUUAAGGAGCAACAGGCUGAUGCAGUUGAAAAGAAGCUGAAGAAGGAGAAGGAGGAGGUGGAACUUCUCAAUCAGCAGCUGAAAGAAUCCAAGGAUGAGCUCAAAGAGGCCAAUUUGCACAACCAGGAGCAGAAAGAAACGGCUGCGAUUUUUAAGCAGAAAUACGCCGCAGCAAUAGAGAAGGCGCGCAGGGUGCAAGAGCAUGUGGAACGUCUGGAGGAGGAACUACGAUAUUCACAGGAACAGCUAAGAGAGUCGCAGUUAGCAGCUUCUUCGCUGAAGGAAGAGCUAGCUGAGCUGGAGCGCCGGUAUCAGGAAAAGGUUGGCCAGUGGGAGAGUUCACAGGAGGCUCUUGACCAACUAACAGAUGAACUUCAGGCCAGUCACAACCUGCUAAGAGAGAGCGAACAAAAAGUGGAGCACUUCAAAAACCUGAUGAGAUCUCUUCAGGAGCAGAUGGACACACUCAAUCAGCAGAAGCUUGCUGUGGAGUGUGACCUGCAGCUCUAUCAUCGGAGCCAUUCUCAUUCUGAUGAGGAGUAUUUGAAUCUAGGAAGACUCAGACAGCAGCUGCAGAAGCGCUGUGCGGCACAGGUUGAACACCUUGCGGUGUGUGAAAACACUAUUCUUCAGAUGAAGUCAGAGCUGGAGACACAAGUCCAGGAAAAGGUGGGUCUGAAACAAAGUCUCGCUGCUUCCCAGCAAACUCACCGGAGCAAUCAAAAACAGCUGGAACAGGAAGUGAUUCGUACAAAACAGGAAGUGGCAUCCUUAGAGCUUGAACUGGCGAACACCCAAAAGGUGCAGGUGACACUCCUCAGGCAGUCAGAUGAGGCCAGACAAGAGUCUGCAAGAAAGAGCCGAGAGGUGGAUGUGGAGAGAAGAAAGGCCCAGAUGCUUCAGGAGGCGUUACACAAGGAGCAGGAGAAGCUGCAGAGUGCUAUCAGAGAGAAUGAGACCCUGAGCACUGUCAUCGGAAAGCUGAGGAAAGAGCUGGAGGAGCUGCGCAGCAGUCACCGAGUGACAGUGGAGGAGUUGGCAGCCCGUGCAGAGGAGGUGAGGCGGAUGGAGGGGUGUCUGAAUGAAGGCAAGCUAGCAGAGGAGAAAAUAAGGUCAAUGGCUGCGGGGCUGAAGAAGGAGCUGACAGAGGCUGUCCAUCACAAACUCACAGCAGAGAGAGAGAAACAGGAUGCACUGGACCAGGUGAUCACGCUCCGGUCAGAGCUGGAGGGGACGCGGUCCGACAAUGCAAAGCUUCUGCACGAGAGCCAGCUGGUCAUGACUAAUGUCAACCUUUGGAUCACUGAGCAAAAGGCUUCCAGUGAGAGCGUUAUUGCCCAGAUUAAAGCCCAAAACAAAGCUCUGCUCAUCAUCACUAAAGAGAAAGAAUGUCUUCAGGAGGAUAAUGACACACUGAAGGCGGAGGUAAAGAGACUGAAAGAAGCGGUGGAUGAGAAGGAGAAAGACAUGGAACUCUUCAAGGCCCGUCUCCGGGACUGGGGAGUACAGCAAGACAGGAAAACCAUGGAAAAGAAGGGGUGCGUUGCUCUAAACCUCAGCAAAAUCGAGGACAUGCAGACCAGACUGCAAAGCAACCUGGAGGCCAUCGGAAUGCUAAAUCAACAAUUAGGCAAUCUCAGUCAGGAGAAUAAGCGGUUGCGUAGGCAGCUGGAAGAAGAGAGGUCCAUGCAUAGACAAGUGGAGAGGAGUGGGCCCCUUCCUCCUCCCUCUACAACCGCCAUCCACCUCCCACUCUCUCUCAGUGUCAGCCCUCCUAUCUGUGCCUCCCUUCCCUCAUCCCUUGGCCUGCCUCGUCUUCUGAGCAUAGUCCCAGUGACAGGGGACACUAAUGGGACUCAAACCAAGCCGAGUACAGUCGGAGUAGAGAGACCAGGUGAGUCCAAGGCUUCGGAUAAAGCGUCCUUGAUUAGGCCGUCUUCCAAGUGCGCUUUCUCCGCCUCUGUGGAAGAUGCCGGGUCUAAGGGGACAAGCAGGAAUCUGGCAAAAUGAAGCCCCCUGAAGACUUUGACCUGCCAUGGCUUUUUGACCUUCAGCUUCUCACUGGGGAGCAUACCCAGGAUGAGGUUAAUGUCCUGCAGGUCAAAGUCAAGUCCCACAGUUCUUUGUGCCUAAGGGGGUGCUCAGAAACAGAAAAUGAUGGAAUUUCUUCAGCCAUAUUUAUAUGGGUACUGCUGUUCCAUGCAACGAUUUAUGCCAAGAAAACGUUCACACUGACAGAUUACUUAGAUAGACUUAAAAUUAUGAUAACUGACUGUGUCCUCAAAAAUGUUUCAGUGCUUCAAGCAAUUACAUCUUCAAUUAAUAAUAUUAUUCUGCAGCAAAACUGCAGCAGCAAGCACAAAGUUUCAAAUGCACUUAUUUGAAAAUUCCCAACAGUUCACUUGAGCUAUAACCAGAUUUUUGCACCUUAAAUGCACAAAUGAACUAAUCAAAACAAGAGAUUUAAUGUAGAUAGAGUUAAACAGUAGAUCUGAAGAUGAGUCCCGCUUGGAUAAAUGAGAAACAGCACAUGAUCCAUCCACAGGCGUGGUUCAGACGUUGAUGUAAAUGGCAGUAACGCAGCCUCUGAUUAUGCUCCAGCUGUGCACCAUGUGUCCCGCGUCUGCUGCGGUGAAUGUGGCCAUGCGCCUCUAUGUUUGAGUACAUUAUGUGUCUGUGUACUUCUGUCUCUCUUUGAGCGACUGUGGGCGAGCGCGUGAUUGAGUGUAUUAGCUGUCUGAUAUUAUGUUUUAUAUUUUCAAAACUGUUUAUUGAUUUUUUUUCUAUGCCCCGUAUUGUGACGGUAGCAAAAUAAAAACACAUAUUUGCACGCGG